AUGGCAACUGCUUCGGUCUCUACUCCGGUGAAGACCCAUCAUGGGCUCUUCUCCUCCAAGACGGCUGGAGGUCGGAUGCCUCUAACUCCUUCUCCGAACACUCGCGCGACUCCCAAGGCAUCGGAUGAGUCUUCACCCUUCACCCCUCAUAAGGCGAAUGCAGGAUGCGAGAAACCCAAGUCUGUCUAUGGAGGCAACCUGUCCUCAUACUUCGCCAAGUCAUCUGGAGCCAAGUCGGCCGUUCCCAAACCUUCAGUCUCUAAGCCUUCCGUCGCCAAGUCCACGGUCGCCAAGUCGUCGUCUCGGUCGCACCGUGAUUCUCCCAAAUCGAACAUUGCACGCACCCGCCAUUCCCCCAAGCAUCUGCAGCUGGGUGUCUCGGAUUGGUCUCUGACUGGUACGGGCCCGUCUUCCUCCUCUCAGACUCCCGUCAAGGAGCGUCCUCGACGGGAGGUGACUAGUCGGGCUCGCCCUACGAAGACUACUGUUCGCAUUUCUCACAACGCCGGUGACCGGUUUAUCCCUAACCGCACUGCUAGCGAGGGUCUUGCCACGACUGGUGCUGCCAAGCCAGAGGAGAACCAGCGUCCCAAGACGAGCGGUAGCGAGGGAUCUACUGUUCUGGCAUCCGCGGCCAGUGCCUUCGAUAUCAGUGGACGCGGGGCUGAGGAUGAUCUGACCGCUGCUUUGGACAACCUGGGCCUGGAAGAUAGUGAGCCUUCAAACUACACCCGCCCAGCACCUGAUGCUGUUGCCUACGAGUCAUCGCUGGCAAAUGCCUGUGGUGUGAACUUGAAUACUCGCAUCCUUGCGUUCAAACCCCCACCUCCUGAGUCAUCGAAGCCGAUUGAUCUACGCGCUCAAUACAACCGUCCUCUCCGCCCUGCCAAGUCUCAGAAUGCUCAGUUCCGCCGUCGAGUCCAGACUGCCCCAGAGCGUGUCUUGGACGCGCCUGGUCUGCUGGAUGAUUACUACCUGAAUUUGCUGGACUGGAGCUCUGGAAACCAGGUCGCCAUUGGCCUGGAGCGCAACGUCUAUGUCUGGUCUGCCGAAUCUGGCACAGUCAGCUGCCUUCUGGAGACAUCGCCUGAUACCUACAUUAGCAGUGUCAAGUGGAGUGGUGACGGUGCUUACGUUGGAGUUGGCCUUGGAACCGGCGAGGUUCAGAUCUGGGAUGUUGAGGAGGGCUCCAAGCUCCGCAGCAUGUAUGGUCACGACUCUCGCGUGGGUGUGAUGGGCUGGUCCAAGCACACUCUUUCGACUGGUGCUCGCAGCGGUCUAGUGUUCAAUCACGAUGUUCGCAUUGCUCAGCACAAGGUCGCCGAGCUUGUUUCUCACACUUCCGAGGUUUGCGGUCUCGAGUGGCGCUCGGACGGCGCUCAGCUUGCUACUGGUGGCAAUGACAACCUAGUCAACAUCUGGGAUGCCCGUUCCCUGAGCGCUCCCAAGUUCACCAAGACCAACCACCGCGCUGCAGUCAAGGCGCUGAGCUGGUGUCCAUGGCAAUUGAACCUGCUGGCCACUGGCGGUGGUUCCUACGAUCGUCAUAUCCAUUUCUGGAACACCACCACUGGCGCCCGUACCAACAGCAUCGACACUGGCUCGCAAGUCACCAGUCUUCGGUGGAGCAACCACUACCGCGAAAUUGUCAGCUCUAGCGGCUUCCCCGACAACUCGCUCAGCAUCUGGAGCUACCCAACUCUCGUACGCAACGUUGAGAUCCCUGCUCACGAGACUCGUGUCCUGCACAGCAGUCUCAGCCCCGAUGGCCAGAUCCUGGCUACCGCCGCUGCGGAUGAGAGCUUGAAGUUCUGGAAGGUGUUUGAGCGCAAGGCCGGUAGCAGCGCCGCUGCAUCCCGUGAGGGCGGUGUUGGUAGCAAGGCCCAAUUAACCAAGUCAAUGACCAUCCGCUGA